AUGCCGGGCCUGGAGGUGAGCCCGGUGGAUUCAGAGCGACCGCUUUUCAAGUCCCACAAAGCACUUCCGCGGAGGGGUAUCAAGGUUCUCAAGGACACCCAACCGGCCUCUCCGGAGGCAACUGGUACGGCCGCGCCGGCUCCUCCAUUGACACCGCCCGGUGCGAUUCAUGAUGAAGCCAUGGACGACCACAUACCCCAAAAGCCUAACGCGCGCCCCGAGAUUCCGACGGGAAUGGUGACACCUCGCCGGCCCUCCAAGCCUCCGACGCCUGACGUGACACCUCCUCAAACGCUCUCCAAGCGUCCGCUGCUCAGCCAAUUUAUCCAUCCUUCCUCUUCAUCACGAGCCGAAUCCUUUCAGACUGCCUGUGAGGAUAUCUCCUCAGAUGGGGACAUGGAAACACCCGUUCAAUCGCAAAGGAGCCGCAGAGUUACUUCGCGACAAAAUGCGCCGAAUGGAGUUCGUACGAAAUUCACCUAUACCGAAGAUAUUCCAUCCGCCUCUCAGCCGCACAGUGAGACAGAAUAUGAAACAGGGUUCGAAUCAUUCGACGGGGAAUGGACCCACCAGACCGAUGGAUCGCCGACACCUUUUAAGGGAAAAUGUAAGCCCUCGCAAAUGAACGUUUCACCGGGCGAUAACGACACACUGGACGUGCUCCGUCUGGACGCUUCUUUGGCGCGUGAAAUGAACCUACGUGACCGAGUACGCAAUACCCAUGAAACACAUGAAAUCACCCCAACUCCAUCGAUGGAACGUUUCCGCGAAGAGAUUGGCUGGCCAUCCUAUGCUUCGCAGCCAGGCGACCCAGAGUCUCUUCGGUUAUCAGCCCUGUCCUCCACGUCAACCGUAGAGGCGAUGAUCAUCGACUCUCCCAAGCGAGCUCAACGACUCUUGCGACACACCGAAAAGCGUAGUUCUCUCCGAUCGAUUAGUUCCCCCAUCACGAGGUCCGAGCACGCUUCCACUGCAUCCAAUCCUGACUCCCAGCGUCGCUUAGUCCACAAGGCUGCUCGUAUCUCGGAAGAAAAUCGCCGGAGCAUCUCUUCCGAUGUGUCUUUUUCAACCAAGACCAUUUCCAACGUACCCCGUGCGUCGACCGACAUCAUUCCUGUUGUCGUGAUACCAGAGAGACGAUCGUCACUCCGAUCGGGACCCAACAGUCAGAUAUCUUCCAAAUACGGUUCUCAACGGUCUAGUCGACGUCCACCGGUAUCAGAGGGCUCGGGUUCAGUGAACACCCGCCAGAAAAAGCGAACUAUGUCUGAUUCAGUUUCUGCACAAUCCCGAGAGUUGGAAUCGAGGGGCCGCCCCUUUGGUCGGCCGAUCAUUCCGCCUCGCAGUUCCUCGCUCUCUGCACCGACGAGUCGAAACAAUUCCCGUGCUGCAUCCCUCACCUCCGAAAGCUUGCGCAGUCACACCCUGGCGAUGGAUUUGGAGAUGCAAAAGCGCCGGGACCAGCAGCCGGUUUCACCGCCCCGACACAAUAUCUUGGGCCCUAAUGGUCAUCAGAAUCUAGGUCUUUUACAGCCCAGUUUACCAAAGGUGUUGGUCAGCGCCGAGGAAGACACUUCAACCCUGCGACCUCCUUCCCUGCCAUAUACUCAGUGGUCAAUUCCGUCUUCUUCUCCGGGGCCCAUAGAGAUUCGGGAAGCCACUGCGGUUAGCCUUUUUGCACACAAUAACCGUUCUUUACUUCUGGUUGACCAGCGACUGCCAGGCCAGGAGACUCGCAACCUACCGGUAUUCCAUGAUAUCAGACACGAUAUGGUAAACCCUCAGACUCCAGAUAACCCCAUCAAACCUGCGAUGUUGGAUGUGGAUUCUCCAUUGAAGAAUCCCCGUCCACCACCCAAGCCUCCCAUCUCCAAACCGCCCAUUUCCAAGCCUCUUCCUCCACUUCCUACCCAGAACCAGGGAAAUGUAGAUUCUGGCGAGAUGGGUCGACAAGGCUCGGUGCGCCGCCCUUGGGUUGCACGCCCUCGAUCAAACUCCUUCAACACGCUAGUGCGCUCUCUUUCCAUCAAAUCAGCAAAGAACCGCAAAGCAGGACUGGAAAUGGACAGUCGUCUUCAUCCCAUGUGGCGUCCACGUGGAUUCUGGGACGACAUAUCUGGAUCUCCAAAGAAAGGCAACUCGACCGCACGCAACCUCGCCAGCCCCGAGGCUCCCUUUAUCAACAACUCCCUGGGCCUCCCUCAGUACCGAGUUGUUAUCGAAGGCCCACCAUCCCUGGCUCGCCGUAGCCCAGAAAUGAGACGCUUAUUCAACGGCAUGCCUUCUGCGACACAAUACAAUGCCAGCAACGCCAGCCUGGUGGAUCGAGGAAUGUUUCGCGCCGGAACACCCCUAUACCAGAAUCGCUACCAAGCGCUUUCCAGAUGGGGAAUCCGGUUCCGCUCAAUGAACCUGCGAAAUGUGCGCAAUCGUCUCCGACGUAUGCGCCAACGACGUGAUGAGAGGAAACGAGUUGCGCGUAGGGAGAACCUCAAACAGAGCAUUGGCGCCCCUGUCCACGUGGUUUCUAGUGCUACCCAUGGAAUUACACGCUGA